CACAGACACAGGACCGCUCCAGCUCUGCCUGCCACCCACUACCUGCUCUCAGUGGCCUGUCUAUCAUUUUCUGGAACCCCAUCCUCUACCUACAGCGAUGUUUCUUCAAAAAGAACUAGUGUGCAGUCCGUUGAUAGCUGAUCAGCUUCCUUGGAUUUUACUGAUGACCCCGGAGAGUUUUGCCUGAAGAUGGAAACACUGGAGUCGGAGCUGACCUGCCCUAUUUGUCUGGAGCUCUUUGAGGACCCUCUCCUGCUGCCCUGCGCACAUAGCCUCUGCUUCAACUGCGCCCACCGCAUCCUGGUCUCUCACUGUGCCACCAACGAGCCUGUGGAGUCCAUCAGCGCCUUCCAGUGCCCCACCUGCCGGCAUGUCAUCACGCUCAGCCAGCGAGGUCUAGACGGGCUCAAGCGCAACGUCACCCUUCAGAACAUCAUUGACAGGUUUCAGAAAGCCUCUGUGAGCGGGCCCAAUUCUCCCAGUGAGACCCGCAGGGAGCGGGCCUUUGACGGCAACACCAUGUCUUCUGCUGAGAAGGUUCUCUGCCAGUUCUGUGACCAGGAUCCUGCCCAAGAUGCUGUGAAGACCUGUGUCACUUGUGAAGUGUCCUACUGCGAUGAGUGCCUGAAAGCCACUCACCCGAACAAGAAGCCCUUUACAGGCCAUCGUCUGAUUGAGCCAAUCCCGGACUCACACAUCCGGGGGCUGAUGUGCCUGGAGCACGAGGAUGAGAAGGUGAAUAUGUACUGUGUGACCGAUGACCAGUUAAUCUGUGCCUUGUGUAAACUGGUUGGGCGGCACCGCGAUCAUCAGGUGGCAGCUUUGAGUGAGCGCUAUGACAAAUUGAAGCAAAACUUGGAGAGCAAUCUCACCAAUCUCAUUAAGAGGAACACAGAACUGGAGACCCUUUUGGCUAAACUCAUCCAAACUUGUCAGCAUGUUGAAGUCAAUGCAUCACGUCAAGAAGCCAAAUUGACAGAAGAAUGUGAUCUUCUCAUUGAAAUCAUUCAGCAAAGACGACAAAUUAUUGGAACAAAGAUUAAAGAAGGAAAGGUGAUGAGGCUCCGCAAACUAGCUCAGCAGAUUGCAAACUGUAAACAAUGCAUUGAAAGGUCGGCAUCACUCAUAUCCCAAGCGGAACACUCUCUGAAGGAGAAUGACCAUGCCCGGUUUCUACAGACAGCAAAAAAUAUCACCGAGAGAGUCUCCAUGGCAACCGCAUCAUCCCAGGUCCUAAUUCCUGAAAUCAACCUCAAUGACACGUUUGACACUUUUGCCUUAGAUUUUUCUCGGGAGAAGAAACUGCUAGAAUGUCUGGAUUACCUUACAGCUCCCAACCCUCCCACAAUUAGAGAAGAGCUCUGCACAGCUUCCUAUGACACUAUCACCGUUCACUGGACUUCAGAUGAUGAGUUCAGUGUGGUCUCCUAUGAACUCCAGUACACCAUAUUCACUGGACAAGCCAAUGUUGUUAGUCUGUGUAACUCGGCUGAUAGCUGGAUGAUUGUGCCCAACAUCAAGCAGAACCACUACACUGUGCAUGGCCUACAAAGUGGCACCAAGUAUAUCUUCAUGGUCAAAGCCAUCAACCAGGCAGGCAGCCACAGCAGUGAGCCUGGGAAGUUGAAGACGAACAGUCAGCCAUUUAAACUGGAUCCCAAAUCUGCCCAUCGAAAACUGAAGGUAUCCCAUGAUAACCUGACAGUGGAACGAGAUGAGUCAUCCUCCAAAAAGAGUCAUACGCCUGAACGCUUCACCAGCCAAGGAAGUUACGGCGUGGCUGGAAACGUGUUCAUUGAUAGUGGCCGCCAUUACUGGGAAGUGGUCAUAAGUGGAAGCACAUGGUAUGCCAUUGGCCUUGCAUACAAAUCAGCCCCCAAACACGAAUGGAUUGGGAAGAACUCUGCUUCCUGGGCUCUCUGCCGCUGCAACAAUAAUUGGGUGGUUAGGCAUAACAGCAAGGAAAUCCCCAUUGAGCCAGCCCCCCACCUCCGGCGCGUAGGCAUCCUGCUGGACUAUGAUAAUGGUUCCAUCGCUUUUUAUGAUGCUUUGAACUCCAUCCACCUCUAUACCUUCGAUGUGGCGCUUUCGCAGCCGGUGUGCCCCACCUUUACUGUGUGGAACAAGUGUUUGACGAUUAUAACGGGUCUUCCCAUCCCAGACCAUUUGGACUGUACAGAACAGCUACCUUGAGCAUCCAGUCCCAGAGCAGCUCUGAGGAAUAACAAAGGUUGAGGCUGUUUAGAGGAUUGAGAAACUAAGGCUUCGAGAGUGUGAUUAAAUCUCCCCAGUUUGUCCAGAAACCAGCUCAGAUAGGGCUCAAAAUGAGAGAUUUCACUUCUUUUAUUGUGUUUUGUAUUAAGUGCAGGCUUUAAUAAUUUCUUUGAUUUUUUUUAUUUAGAGGAAAAUCUAUAGAUUAUUUAUAAAAGGAACAUAAUCUGGAUUACAGCUCAUAGGAAUCACUUGGUUUUGCGCAUUAAGAGGCCCAUAAGUUUACCAGCCCUUUACCAGUUUCAUUUAAUCAGUGUAUGGGCUUGCAAAAACCCUUUUGUAGACUUGUAUGUUUAUUCACUUUCUCACAUUCUAUUUCAUACUGAGACCGUGUUAGGUCCUGUCACUUAGAAUAAUGGAGUAUGCAGCUAUUUAAAAAGCAAAAGGCAUUUAGAAUCUAGUAAGGAAGUAAACAGGCUUCCUUUCUCUGGCUGAACUUGAGAUAUCUUAACUGUGAUGUCAGAAAUUUGUAUUGGAUCAAAUAGUAUGGGGAAUAAGGGAGAAGGAGAGAAUUAACUUUGGACCUCAAGUUUAGUUGUUACUGACGGGAUGAUCUGGAGAAGAAAAGGUUUUCUUAACCCUAUAGUCAUGUUUUCACCCAUUUCUCCAGGGCUGACGCUUUUGGGCUAACAUCAUGAAUGAGAUUACAAUUGAACCUUGUCAUUUUGAAUCUUACAGAUGAUUCAAGAAUUCAUGCUGAUUUGGAUUUUAUCAAAAGAGGGAUUCCGUUCCAUAGUAUAAGACUGUUUUUCCUUUCCUCUUACGAGUUAUUUUAGGCCUGUGAAAUUCUUUUGCUACAUUUAAUAGGUGCCCUAUUUUGCCCUGCCACAAAUCAAGCUUUCUUUUUCUUUCUGGGUCUAUGGAAAUGAACAUGUUCCAUUACAAAUUCCAAUCCCGCUUUCAAGUAAUUUUGUUCUCUAGGACAUCAGCACAUGGCCUUGAACACUACCAUGUCCAAAUGUAAAAGUCACCCAAAACAGUAUAUAUGAAAAGUGAUAUGACACACUACAGAAAACACUCGUCAUCAGCAUACAUUCCUCUAAAGUGACACUCUUUAGGAAGCACACUUUGAAAAAUGUAGAUAUCCCCUUAUAUCCUAGUAUAGUUUACAUAGAGUUGGGAGACAAAAUUUCAAAUUUACUGUUCCAGCAGGGGAAUCUGUUAAUAGGACCUGCUAAUAAAAUUUCAGAUAAAAUUCUUUUCAUGCUGAUCUGAUACAGUGCAAUGAUCCCUGGAUUAAGACUUCCUCAGGUGGUCUUUGGCAUAGGACAUUGGCAUGGGUUCACUUGCUAAAUGGUUUCAAUGGUUUAGUUGCUAAAAUAUUGAUCUGGGCUACCAUGUCAACCAGCCAUUGACUGAAAGACUGGUAGAUUGAAGAAUUGGGUUUGUUUUUAAUCAAAUCAACCGUUUCCCGAAAUGACUCACUACACUCUCCAUUUAAGCUCCAUGUGGUCACAAUUGAUGUACUUGCCAAUCUGGGCUUCAUGGAAGACAAAGAUUCUGUGUCUUUUUGUCUCUUCCCUGGCAGAUUCUGUCCUUUUUCUUAAUGGAUAUAUUUUAGAUAUUUACUAUAUUAUUUAUACCCAGAUGAAUAUUUUGAUAGCAGCUUAAGACAAUUUCACAUCUUAAAAUUGCACAUCUCAGUGGAAAAAAAUCUUCAUUUUUCUCUAAAAACUUUUUAGGACUUUUGACAAUACAAAAAUAUGUAUUUGCCUUCCCUGAAUAAACUGAAAAGUUGUCUCAGUCAUUUUUAUGUACAUUUUGGGUAACUGGAUAAAGAUAUUUUAAUGCACUUUGUACACUUACAGGUUCUAAACAAAAGGGUCUAAAACUCGAUUUCUGAGUUUUUAAAAACUCAUGGUCUCCAGGUAACAAUAAAUGCUACAGUUUGCCUUACGAUGUUAACAUAAAGCAUUUCCUAGAAGGACACUAUUUCCAUGAAUAUGUUUUUCAGUAUAAAGAUGUUACUAUUCAGAUUUUCACUGCAAGCUGUUUAGGGUGUGUUUUGACUAUUUUUGUAAGGACAAGACAAAUUCUGUUAUAAUUUUGUUGUGGAAGUCUUACUCUUGGCUAACUUAAAAACAUUGUGGAUGUAGCAGUUCCUAUUUCCAGGUUGUCAUAUUUACAGGAAAAUAUGUAUAUGGUGAAAGGCCACAGUGUUUAAUUGCUGUAAUGAUGUAGAAAAGAUUUUGUGUGGAAUUUUUUUUAAGUCUACAAAUACAUGAUGUAAACAUUUGCUGCAGUAUAACUCUGCAUUUCCUUUAAACAGACUGGCGCCACUCACAGGAAGCAUUUCCAUAGAGGGGCAAAAGAGAUGGCAGUGCUACUUAAAUUAGUACAAUGAAACUGAUGAGAUGCCAACAAAGGCUGUAAAGGCUUGGCACCAUGUGUAUGUGAAUGACUCAGAUGCCAAGUGCCCUGAGUGCAGAAGGGCUUCCGCUUAGUAUCAUGUUCUCUCUUCACUGUGAUGAAACUCUUAGUGCUUUUUGAACACAGGACCAGCAUUUUCACCUUUCACUUGACCCUCCGUAUUAUGUAGCCCAUCCUUGGAACAGGACUCCAAAAUAUGGUACUGCUUUUCCUUGGAUAAAGAGAGCAUGGAUCCAACGUUGGAAACUGCUUGUUGAGACUUGCCUUCGAUUCGGAUUAUUGAAGUCCGAAUCUAAAUAGUAGAUUAGAUGAGGGUAGGUGCAGGGUGAAGAUUUUCUCUCUAGCUUUAAAAGAAAGUGACUUCAGAAAGUGACUGUAGAGAUAAUGGUUUCUGUGGGGGAAAAAAGCAACCUGAACACAAACAGACUUUUUAUUAUGGUACUGAUAAAUGGACCUUGAACUUCCUGAGGAAUGAGCCAGUGCCCUCCGACUCAAGAUGGAUUUCUAUCUCAGCUCCAGGAGCACAUACAAGUGGCUGCAGAGACAUGUGCCUGCCUGUUCAGUGCAUCUGGUGUUGGAAAGCUGACAUCUGCUCUUUCUUGGUAAAACAUCAAUGGCAUGCAGCGACAAUGACACUAGCAAGUACUCAUCCAGGUCUUGAUUUUGCUACCCGAGAAGACAUUUGGCCAAAUCGGGAGUCAAAUUUGGUAGUCACGAGCUGGAGACAUGUUGCUCCUGGCAUCUGGUGGGUAGAAAUCAGGGAUGGCAUUAAACAUCCUACAGUGCACAGUGAAGCUCCUCACCAGAAAAAUGGUAUCUGACUCAAGAUGUCAGCUGUGUCUUAGUUUGGCUACUCCUGAAUGUUUGCCUUCCUUCCAGGGACAAACAAACAAAAAGGCACAGCAGUCAAUACUGUCACAGGAGUGGCACCUUCAUCAUCAAAACUAUUUACAAAAUACUUACAGAAAAUUUGAAUUCUAAAGCAAUCCCAGACUGUGUGAAUGCGAAUUAUGGAAAUAAGUGCUGUGAUCCGAUGAGCUUAGUGUAGAAAUGAGAAGGUUUUCUCAACGCCUCCUUGUACCAGCACAAAUUCAAUUCUGGUAUUUGAGUCAACUGCCAAGCCCCUCAAUCCUGAAUCUCUUCUUGUUUUCUGUUGCUUCCUGGUUCAAAAUAAAAUCCUUUAUGUGGCACCAGAA